AUGCAUGUGAUCUCUUUCUCUUCCCUUGGCGGUUUCUUCAUCAGGAUUGCAUUGAUUUUCAGUGUUAUUUUCUUCAUGCACUCCUCUCCAGUUAAUGCAGAUAUGGAGAUAGAGAUUAUGAGAAAAUUGGGUCUGAUAGAGAGACAGAGAGAGUUUGCACCUCCUCCACCAGAAUUAGCUGAUGCACCACAGCCAGGGUUUGUGCUUUAG